AAUAAAAGCUGCAACACGGUGACCAACACGGAGGAACAAAUCUUUUUGAAAAGUUUAACAAAUAAAUAAGAUGGCCGAGACAUCAGCAGAUUCUGUCACCCUGGAUCUGUUGAAGGAAGCCAGGGAGACAGUGAGGAGCAGUCCCUUGGGAGUCAUCAACACUCCCAUGAUCCCCUGGUGUCAGACCACACUGCCUCUCCCCACGAACUGCAACAUCCACAUCAAACUGGAAAACCUGCAGAGAACUGGAUCUUUUAAGAUCAGAGGAGUGGCCAAUCAGUUUGCCAGGAGGCCCCCGGGUGGCCACUUUGUCACCAUGUCUGCAGGGAACUAUGGGAAGUCUUUUGCUUACGCCUCUAAACACUACGGGUCAAAGGGAAAGGUGGUGAUGCCUGAAACAGCACCAGAGUCCAGGUCCACCCUCAUACAGAGUUUUGGAGUUGAGGUGGAGCGAGUUCCUACUUCCUGCCUGAUGAGCGUAGUGAACCGUUGUGUUCAGGAGGACAACAUGACCUUCCUGCAUUCCUACGAUGACUUGGAUUUAAUUGCAGGGCAUAGCAGUCUGGGUUUGGAGGUACUGGAAGUGAUCCCAGAGCCCGAUGUGGUGGUGGUGUGCUGCGGCGGAGGCGGGCUGCUGGCCGGAGUGGCUGCAGCCAUCAAACUGUCAGGCUGUGACAAAACCCGGAUCUACGGAGUGGAACCAGAAGGAGCUUGCACCAUGUACAAAAGCUUCAUGGAGAAGAAACCAGUGGGAAUGGACACGAAGAGCAUCGCCUCGGGUCUUGCUCCACCUUUUGCAGGCCGCCUGCCUUUUGAGCUUUGCCAGCGUUUCGUGGAGGAGAUCGUCCUGGUCAGUGACGAGCAGAUCAAGGCUGCCGUCUCCACCCUCUACAGGUCCGGACUGGUAGUGGAGCCUUCAGGCUGCGCCGCCUUCGCAGCCAUUGUCAACAACAAGAUACCAAACAUGGAGGCAAAGAACACUGUGUGCAUCCUCAGUGGAGGGAACGUUGGAAAAGCCGAGCUCGCCAACUUUCCAGACUGAUAGUCACACCAUCAUGAAGUGGCUUCACAACUCCGAGCUAAUAUGAUUUCCCAUUUUCCUUAUGUAUGGGAAAUGUUAUAUCCCAUAGUUGAAUUCACUGAGAUGCAAUUGUACUGAGGUCUUUAAAUGAGGCAAGUGGUUUAUCUAUGAACCAUUGUACAUUUUCACUAAUUUUUCUAUUAACAAAACUCUUUUUAACCAUUUGAACUGCCUUGAAAUGAGCCAUGAAAUCAAGGAAACGCUAUUUUAUUAUCUGCAGGCCGAAUGUUUGUUGUUUUGUU